AAACAGGGGACAUGCUCAACAACCUGGGGCGCGUGCGCAGUCGGUGUGUAGUUCGCGUGCAGGGAGCAGCGUAGGAGCCUCACGUUCAGCCGCAGUGUUCCGAAGUACGUACGGCUGCCUCGCUAAUCUCCGAGGGGAGGAAACCGCAGUAGAAGAAGCCCAGACGUAUUGCAGCGGUGAUGGGAACCGUACCGGAUGAGCAAAAGGCCAUUCCAUCGUGGCUGGACAGAGCAUUCAUCGUGAGUGCCCUUAAGUGUGGCGACCCGACAGUCGACGAAUCAAGUGUCCAACUAAAGUCGAUGGGCCAGGUUGGUGGUGGACUCCUAAGUGAAACUUACAGAGUAGUCGCUCAAUUGCACUCUCUCGGAGAGUCUGAUGAGCGGGAGACAUCAGUUAUCGUGAAGAGCUCGCCAACAGUGGGUGGCUUCCUCAAGGAACUGGCGGACAGCGGUGUGUUCACCAAGGAGACGGUCGCCUACGGUAGCUUCCUGCCCGCCAUGGACUCCGCGCUAGAGACCAUCGAGGGACAAAGCUGGAGGCCACUGGCUCCCAAGUUCUUCCACCAUGGGUCGCAGCCUACCAGCUUCUUGGUGAUCGAAGAUCUGGAAGCCUCGGGAUUCCACAAAGUGGCUCAAGGUGUCAGCCUGGACGUGGACCAGUGCAGAGCUGUGCUGCGAAAUCUGGCUCGCAUGCACGCCGCCUCGAUGACAGUACUUCAUGACCAGCAGUACAACGAGAAACUCUUUCACCAGUCACUCAUCUUCUCCAGAAGACUGGUGGACACUUUCCAAGACAAAAAUCAGAGGGACGUGAACGGUACAUUCGAUUUCCUGGAAGAUUACACGUGGAUCCAGAAAUACGUGGACAAGAUGGAAAAACUGUCGACGCGUUUUGUGGGAGAGGUAGUGGAUGUGGUGGAGCAGUGCCAGGUGGACUUCAAGGUCAUGGUACAUGGAGACCUGCACAAGAAUAACGUGAUGUUCCGGGAAGAUAGCGACGGCUUGCAGGUCCGGUUGUACGAUUUCCAGGGAAUCCACAUCGGGUCUCCAGCGGAGGACCUGCAGUACUUCUUUCACACGAGCGCCAGCCUAGAGGUGCUGCGCGACCACACGCAGGACCUGCUCGCCGAGUACCACGCCAUGCUGCAGCGCACGCUGCGCGCCCUGGGACUGCAGCAGCAGGCGGACGGCUACCCGCUCGAGCAGCUGCUGCGAGACAUGGACCACUUCGGCAUGAUCGCCGUCUUCGUAUCUCUCACAAUUCUGCCUCUUAUGCUCAAUUUCGGCGAAGUGGAAUUUGCAGUAGAUACUUCGGACGAUCAGUUUGAAGAGAAAUCCAAGAAUUUCUAUGAGAAGAGUUGGCGGAACGACAGAUACCUUGCGUAUCUUCAACAUCUUCUGCCUGUCUUCGAUUCGAAAGGGCUCCUUGACCAGAAAGUUUGAUUCCAUGAAAAUUAUAGGGAUAAUCAAGUAGUUGUAUUGGUUCGCACCUGUUUACACAUUGUGUAUACUGAGCAAGGUGUCGCUCUGCUUAGCACACUGGACUCGCAAUCGCGAGGUUGACGGUUCAAACCGCGUCCGGCCAUCCUGAUUGAGGUUUCCUUUGAUUCCCCUAAAUCUCUUUGGGCAAAUGCUGGGAUGGUUCCUUGAAAGGGCACGGCCACCUUUCUUCAUCAUCCUGCCCUAAUCCGUUGCAACCGAGGACUUCACCGUUUGGUCUCCUACCCCAAAUAAACCACCCAGCAGACUUUCGGAUGUCCUUAAAGCCCACUUCGAAUAAUUUAGACUGGAUGGUGAGAGGUGCGCGGGUGAGCACACGUCCUCUGCAAUUGAGGCGUUUCACAUCGAUCAUGUGAAUGAAGUCCGUCCCGGCAGCAGAUAACCGAAAUAAAUUAAUAAAAUAUUGAACAGGCUUUGAUUAAGAAUACUUGUACUUGAAAGAGUAAUGGAGUCAUUCAAAUAGCCACCUAUAAGGUGCAGUCAAAUGAAAAGUGAACACCCGCCACAACGGGACCAUAUAAAGGUUCCAUUAAAAAACAAUCACCACAAGUGUUAAGACAUUCAGCCCGCUGGGAGAUGAGACGAUCAAUUUUUGUUUUGUAGAACUCGGUCGGCGGCUGACAGAGCCACAACCGCACCCACACUUGCACCAUCUGCGAGUAUCUUUCCUCAGGUCACCAAAGAUGUGAAAAUAACGUGGUGAAAUUUCUGAAACCAUUGCUGGAGUCAGCCAUCAAAGCAGAAUGUUUAAAACAGUCUAGAUAGAGUGCCUUUCCGAUAUAGCACAGCACUCCGUCGUUAGGCCACGAUUGGCCUACCGGGACCAUCCGACCGCCGUGUCAUCCUCAGGGGAGGAUGCGGAUAGGAGGGGCGUGGGGUCAGCACACCACUCUCCCGGUCGUUAUCAUGGUAUUCUUGACCGAAACUGCUACUCAAUUGGCAUCACGAGGCUGAGUGCACCCAGAAAAAUGGCAACAGAGCAUGGUAGCGGGAUGGUCACCCAUCCAAGUUCCGGCCACGCCCCACAGCGCUUGACUUCUUCGGUGAUCUCACGGGAACCGGUGAAUCCACUGCGGCAAGGCCGUUGCCCCUUUCCGAUGUAGGCUGCUUUAUAAUUAAUUUGAAACUCACUGUGAAACACCAGGGCUGUAUGGGGGAUGCUGCAGUGUUUCCUAACCUAGUCGCUGAAGGGUGGCCUUUCGUACGAUUGACAGCGUGUGGGCGGACGUUAUCCUACCACAGGAUGAUUCCGCCCUACAGCAUUCCUCGUGGUUUUAACUUCAUGCGCCUCGCAGUUUCUGCAAAGUCUCUUCAUAACGUUGCGCACUGGUUAUGGAUCCACACUCGAGGAAUUCAACAGGCAGAGGGCCCCUGCAGUUGAAGAAGAUCGUCAUUACCUUACUGGAACUUCUGUAAACAGCUUUGGUUUUAUUUCUGCGAGGAGAUGUGGUAUGUUUCCACUGUUGGCUUUGUCGCAUGGCUUUGGCCUGUCGGAAUGUUGUUGGAUGGAAUCAUCCUGUCGCACGAUAAUGCCCCCCCCCCCCCCCCCACUGCCAAUUCCAUGAGGAUUACGCUUCACUUCUUUGAUAAACACUGCAGUAUCCUGAAUACGCCCCAGAUCUCUCACUUCGUUAUUUUCGCAUCUCUGGCGAAUGAUGAAAGGCAUGCUUGGACGUCGAUUUCAGUCGGACAAGGAAAUGCAAGAGCGGGUGCGAUUGUGGAUCCGCCAGCCACCGAUCACGUUGCACGAGACCAUUGAUCGUCUCCCAGUGGGAUACUUUUGACGGGAGCAUUCCAUAGUCCCGUUGUGGUCGAUGUUCGGUUUUUAUUUGACAGCCCGUCAUACUUCAAACUACAAGGAGUUGUGAAAUCAAUCUCUGUAUAGGUUUUCAUUGCCUGUGAACUAUCGGACAAAUCAUAAGACUACCCGGCCUCUGUGCCCGAGCGGUUCUAGGUGCUUUAGUCCGGAACCGCGCUGCUGCUACUGUCAUAGGCUCGAAUCCUGCCUCGGGCAUGGAUGUGUGUGAUGCCCUUAGGUUAGUUAGGUUUUAGUAGUUCUAAGUCUAGGGGACUGAUGACCUCAGAUGUUAAGUCCCAUAGUGCUUAGAGCCAUUUGAACCAUAAGACUCGUCGCGUAUAGAAUCUCCUUAUGUGGAAGGAUGAAAAUAUUGAUUGAGCAAUCAUACAAUGUGGGUAAACUAUCAAUAGUUGCUCUAUAUAUUUCCCGUGAUAAUAUCACUAUAAAUAUAACUUUAGAAAACAGUUAGGAAUAUACGUGCAGAAUACAGACAACUAGUUUUCGCUUGGGAACCUACGUCCUGAACGGUGCCCACAUAUAAAAAGUUAGGGUUUUUACAAUACGCUCUUACAUAUUACACAAUUUUGUCGAUCGUGUAACAUUAGUAAGACGAAAGGAGCACCAUGACUGGCGUGUAUAAAUCAGUGAACAUCACAGAGAUAAAACAAUAAGUGCACAGUGGUUUGUAUGUUAAACCUCUGAAGUGCUUGCAGAAAUAGCAGGAGCAACGACUGGAGAAAGCUUCGAUGGUAUAAAUGGGGUUCCACUUAAUGUUAAUUCUCAAUAAUGGAGGCAAAUAUGCCAGAAAGAAAUGAGAAGAAUUCCCUAGUAUGACUCACGUACAUGUCGAUUAAAUGUAUAUUGAGAGAAUAAAUAUUUAUUUUAACAUGCUGUGAAA